AUGAUUUGGCCGCUUGGUGUGCUAAACCGAGGCACUGAGCGCCGAGGGAGCGACGAGGAGCGCACGCCAUCAAGUUCGAAUCGCGCGCGUCGACGGACGAAGUUGGAGGUUCACGGCGACGCGCGUACGCGACCGAAGAGCGCGAGGCUGCGGAAGCGUAAGGAAACACCCUCGCGCAUAGUUCCCGGCCCUCUGUUGAGUCCGUUCAAGGCUCCAAGCGGCGUGCGCGCGCGCGAUGGACGGGAACUGAGCGACACGGAGAGAGCCGCUUUCGCGAAGUGCAUGCACUUUGCGACGCGUUGCGGACAAGCCUCGGUAGCAGACGUAUGCAAGGAAUGGGGAAUAAGCAAGUCUCAUGGAUACAAGAUCUUAAAUCGGUGGCGAACGGAGGAGAGCGUCCAGUCUCGACCCAGAAGUGGGCGCCCACGCGCAUUGACGGAGGAGGACAUGCACACGCUCGAGUGCCUGUCGGAAGAGCUCAAAGGUUACUUCACGUGGGAAUCGCUGGCGAAGCGGUUCACGGAAAAAACAGGUAAGCGCGUGUCGUGUACAGCUGUGUAUAGUUCUUGUAAAUCAGCCGGCUGGCGCCAAGUGUGCGAGCGUUAUGUACCUUGCCUCAGCGCAACAGACGUGGCGAGAAGAUUGGAGCAAUACCAUGAAUACCAUGACCGCGAGAGACUUGAGAGGUGCUGGGAUGUCAAAACCGCAGUCACUAAAUGCAUCCUCGACGCCAACGGAACGAACGAUUACAAGCUACCGCACGGUAUCAAGCACGAGGAACCCAUUUUUGUCGAUAUUUUCUUAGAUUCGGACGAUACAGACGAUCCGGUGGCGCGCACUUUGGACUACGAAGGUCUGCAUGCCUCACUCCCUUCUUCUCUCCCACGAUAA